UUAGGUUCAAGUAACAAAAGUACUUUGUUAGGUUUAGGAAAAGAUGGCGGUUUGUGGUUAAUAUAACUACUGAAGUGACGUUACUAAUGUACGGACGUUGCGUGACAAAUAAAUCGACGUUGACUUCUCUUUUCACACGAGGAACGAACAACGGCCUCCUGAGUAAAAGACUGGUUUUACAUGAUUAUAUGCAAAUAAAUUUUUGUUGGAUAUCUACAGAUGACAGCGCGUUGCUUUUCAUAACUGUAGCUCUGAACGCUGUUUGAGAACAUCCUGAUCUCGUUUAUUUAAUCCGUACCAGCAAACCCGCAGUGCAUAAAGAACAGGUAGCGGUGUUAUGGGGGGUCAUAGGAGGGAAUAUUUACCUAGUUUUCGCUCUUAAAAAAAAGUUUGUUACGGUUUAUUGCUGACCUUUAUCAGAUUUACCUUUAUGCUAAGCUAAGCUUGCCGGCUGCUGGUGGUAGCUAGCAUAGAGACAUGAGAGUUCCAUCAAUCUCAUCUUCUAACUCCUGGCAAGAAACUGAGAAUGUGUAGUUCCCAGAAUGCAAAGCUACAAAAGCACAUUCAACACAAACGUACCCUCAUUUAUUCUUUUCUGACAAGCACCGAUGAAGCUUUUAUAUCUACAUUUAAUCAGCUGUUAUGAUGUCUGAUGAAUGUCUUUUCUUCCCAGUUUCUGACCAACCACGUCCUGUCCAUCAAUCUGAGCUGUAACCCCGGGAAGCAAACGUUGAGCCUUUCCUUCAAGCCAGCUUGUCACAUAAAGCUGCGUCCUCCGCCGCGACCAGACGUCAACUUUACCACCGUCUCCUGGUUCCCCCAAGUUACCGAGAAUGAGGCAAUCAAAUUGUACAGGUCCGAACUGCAAUGGAAACACGAGGAUCAGUCGUGGAUGGAUCCUUCUGUGCUGAAAAACAUUUUAACAGCUGACGAUGAAUGGAGCUUCACCAGGGAGCUGGACGAGAAACGGUUGAGGCGAGGCGAGAGGUACGAGGCACGCCUCCGAGUGAAGGCCGUUCAAGACAAGGAGAAGUCGAUCUGGAGCGACUGGAGCGACUGGAGCCCCGUUGCAUCAUGGGAGUCAGCCGUAGGAGGAACAAAAGAACGUCCGUCAGAUCUUCACGUCGGUAUUUUGGCCAUUGUCGCCGCUGCUGCAGCGUUCGCCGUGUUUCUGGUCGUCAUUCGCUUUAAGACCGACAAAUCCACCUGGGUUUACAUGGUGAAGAGAAUGAGAGGGCCGCCUCUUCCGAACCCAGCGAAAUCCUUCCUGCAGCAUGUCGAUUUCCAGAACUGGUCCCCUCACUUCUCCGACGAGUCAUUUCAUUCCCACUUCAAACCCAUGGAAGUUGUCUCCGUGGAGGUCACCUCCGCCGUGGACGGCGUGGCGCCGCCGGGCCUGGAGGCGGCGCUGCUGGAGAAGAUGAAAAGCGAAAGCAGCUACGAGUCGACCAGCUCCAACUUCUCCAACCCCAGUUACUCCCAUCUGUGUCCUCCUCCUCCUCCUCCUCUUCCCGUCUCCUUGCUCACCGCGGGGAGUCUGGUGCCCUGUGCCGCCGAUACACCCUACGGGCCUGUUGGUGGUCACGCUGACAAAGCACAACAGGAAGCGAGAGGGGAAGAAGUGGAGAUCCGCCUGCUGCUCUCCAAAGGCGGCAACGACAGCGAGUCCAUGCCGAUGGUCUCGGACUACGAGAGGGCCGAGAAGAUCCAGGUGGAGCGCGCCAGGCUCCACAGUCUGGAUUCGGGCGUGUGCAGCGGCGAGGAGGUCAGUCAAGAGAGCCUGGAGGCGGAUAGCAUCAACACGGCCGAGGGCGAGGAGGAGAGCGAGGGAGGGAGCGGCAAAGAGGUCGAUUUUCAGAAGUUGUUCGGAGGCGGCGGAGACGUUUUCCACAAAGGGUCCAUCCAGGUUUGUUCCGGAUACGAGCAAGUCGAGACGCCGCAGCCCGACGGCCCCGAACUCCUCAGCAUGGAUUCGGGCGUUAGCGGCGUUGGCGAGGAGCAGGUGAGUCAGGAGGACGUUGAUCAGUCCUCUGAAUCCUCCUGCCUCCUGUCUCCUCCUCUUCCUCCUCCUUGCAGCUCCUCACCGGGCUUCCCGCCCCUUUUCACACCAUGUCCGUUGGACCUCUGCGGGUCAGGGUUGAGUCCGGCUCUGCCGAGUCACUUCCUGGAGAGGAUCGCUCUGAUGUCGACCAGCAGGUCAGUGGAGCCCUCUGGUGACGGAUACAUGUGAGGAAGACGGGAACGGAGCGAAGGACAGACACUUUUAUUUAAUGCUUAUUCUUAUACUCUCAAACACCGGCUGGUUCCAAAGAAUGUAUUUUGUUUCUACACUGUUAUAUUCUGCAUAUUUAUCGCAAUAUUUAUAACGGAUCUCAUUUUACUGCAGUUUCUCUGAGUGAAGACAAAGCAAAAAAAAGUCAGUAAAAACAAUGAAAAUGUUAUUAAAACAGAAACAAAAAAACUAGAAGCUUCAUGUUCCCAAUUAUGCUUUGGUUGUUUCUUAUACUUAUAGAUGUUUAUGUCUCUCUCUCUCUCUCUCUC